CUCGCAUCCUGGAUAUAGACUGUCAGUUUCGGAUCCAAGGACCAUGAUGGCAAAGCUUACUUGGGCUGCCUGUCAAACCCAAACUGUCACGGAUUAAAUCCCGCUGCCUGCUGCGAAGCCCCUGUGCACUGCAAACUUAGUGAGCGAACUGGGUAAUCAGUGGUUGGAUAUGCAGAUCUCUGACUUAAAAGGCGGGGUGACCCCCCCGAGAACAUCUCCCAGGGGCCGAAGCCCGCAGGUGCAGUGAGGCGCGCGCGCGCACGCGGGUGCUGGCUCCCCCGAAGCCGCUUCGCCCCGGGGGAGGGAGCCGGGGCGCCCGGCGGGGUCUGGCUGCCGCGCACCGGCGGCGGCGGCUCGUCUCCGGCGGCGGCGGAUGAUGGUGGCGGCCGGCGCGCUGGGCUGUGCCUGUGCGUCGCCUCGGAAAUCAGCGCCCGGCGCUGCACACUGAGCCCUUGCAGGUCCGCAGCAGCCCGAGCCUUGGCGAGGACAGACCCGGCGCGCAGGGGCCAAGGACCUGCGCGCAGGGGGGCCGGGGGGCGAGUGGGGUCGGCUUAUCAUGGCGGAUCGGACAGCUCCCAGCUGCCAGCUCCGGCUGGAGUGGGUGUACGGGUACCGGGGUCACCAGUGCCGCAACAACCUGUACUAUACAGCCGGCAAGGAGGUGGUCUACUUUGUGGCUGGGGUCGGGGUGGUGUACAACACCCGUGAGCACAGCCAAAAAUUCUUCUUGGGACACAACGACGACAUUAUCAGCCUUGCCUUACACCCAGAUAAAACUCUCAUUGCAACUGGCCAAGUUGGGAAGGAGCCGUAUAUUUGCAUAUGGGAUUCCUAUAAUGUCCAGACUGUGUCUAUUCUCAAAGAUGUUCACACACAUGGAGUUGCCUGCUUGGCUUUCGACUCAGAUGGACAGCGUUUAGCCUCUGUAGGACUGGAUGCCAAAAACACUGUCUGCAUUUGGGAUUGGAGGAAGGGAAAACUUCUGGCCUCAGCCACUGGCCAUUCCGACCGGAUUUUUGAUAUUUCUUGGGAUCCAUAUCAGCCAAACAGAGUGGUUAGCUGUGGAGUAAAGCAUAUAAAGUUUUGGACACUAUGUGGAAAUGCCCUAACUGCAAAAAGAGGGAUAUUUGGCAAAACGGGGGAUCUUCAGACCAUCCUUUGCCUUGCAUGUGCCAAAGAAGACGUCACCUACUCUGGUGCUUUAAACGGUGACAUCUACGUCUGGAAAGGGCUCAACUUAGUCCGCACCAUUCAAGGAGCACACAGUGCUGGAAUAUUUAGCAUGUAUGCUUGUGAAGAAGGCUUUGCCACUGGUGGGCGAGAUGGUUGUAUACGAUUAUGGGAUACUGAUUUCAAACCAAUAACCAAAAUUGAUCUCAGGGAGACAGAACAAGGAUACAAAGGCCUCUCUAUCCGGAGCGUGUGCUGGAGAGCAGACCGCCUUCUAGCCGGGACCCAAGACAGUGAGAUAUUUGAAGUGAUAGUGCGAGAGCGAGACAAGCCAAUGCUGAUCCUGCAGGGCCACUGCGAGGGGGAGCUCUGGGCCCUGGCCCUACACCCCAAGAAGCCUCUGGCUGUGACAGGCAGCGAUGACCGCUCUGUCAGGCUGUGGAGCCUGGCUGACCAUGCCUUGAUCGCUCGCUGUAACAUGGAGGAAGCAGUCCGCAGUGUUGCCUUCAGCCCCGACGGGUCCCAGCUGGCCCUGGGCAUGAAGGACGGCUCUUUCAUCGUUCUCCGAGUCAGAGAUAUGACAGAAGUAGUUCACAUCAAGGAUCGGAAAGAAGUCAUUCAUGAAAUGAAAUUUUCUCCUGAUGGUUCUUACCUCGCAGUGGGAUCCAAUGAUGGCCCAGUGGACAUCUACGCGGUUGCCCAGCGGUACAAGAAAAUAGGAGAAUGCAACAAGUCCCUUAGCUUCAUUACACACAUUGACUGGUCCUUGGAUAGUAAAUACUUGCAAACUAAUGAUGGUGCGGGAGAUCGAUUGUUCUACAAAAUGCCAUCUGGGAAGCCUUUAACAAGUAAAGAAGAAAUCAAAGGGAUUCCCUGGGCGUCCUGGACAUGUGUGAAAGGGCCUGAAGUGAGUGGAAUUUGGCCCAAAUACACUGAGGUUACUGACAUCAACUCUGUGGAUGCAAAUUAUAACAGCUCAGUGCUGGUGUCUGGAGAUGAUUUCGGACUGGUCAAGUUGUUUAAAUUUCCUUGUCUCAAAAAAGGAGCCAAAUUUAGAAAGUAUGUGGGCCAUUCUGCACACGUCACAAACGUCCGCUGGUCCCAUGACUGUCAGUGGGUGUUAAGUACGGGAGGGGCUGACCACUCGGUUUUCCAGUGGAGGUUUAUUCCAGAAGGUGUCAGCAACGGCAUGCUGGAAACUGCUCCCCAGGGUUGUACUUUUCAGGUUUACAAAGAAGAUCUACCUCAGCUAAAGCAACAAAGUAAAGAGAAAAACCAUGCAAUGCCCUUCCUCAAGCGGGAGAAGGCUCCUGAGGAUAGCUUGAAGCUCCAGUUCAUACACGGUUACAGAGGCUACGACUGUAGAAACAAUCUGUUCUACACACAAGCUGGGGAGGUGGUCUACCACAUUGCCGCAGUUGCUGUCGUGUACAACAGGCAACAGCAUUCCCAGAGGCUGUACCUGGGGCAUGAUGAUGAUAUUCUUAGCCUGACCAUCCAUCCGGUGAAGGACUACGUGGCCACUGGACAGGUUGGAAGAGAUGCUGCUAUUCAUGUGUGGGACACACAGACUCUAAAAUGUUUGUCACUAUUGAAAGGACAACAUCAGAGAGGAGUGUGUGCGCUCGAUUUUUCAGCUGAUGGAAAAUGCCUGGUGUCCGUUGGUUUAGACGAUUUUCACAGUAUUGUAUUUUGGGACUGGAAAAAGGGAGAAAAGAUAGCUACCACAAGAGGACAUAAAGAUAAAAUAUUUGUGGUAAAGUGUAACCCACACCAUGUUGACAAGCUGGUUACAGUUGGGAUGAAACACAUCAAAUUCUGGCAACAAGCAGGUGGGGGCUUCACCUCUAAAAGAGGAAUUUUUGGAAGUGCUGGAAAACUGGAAACCAUGAUGUGUGUCUCUUACGGGCGGAUGGAAGAUCUGGUGUUCUCAGGAGCAGCUACUGGAGAUAUUUUUAUUUGGAAAGAUGUCUUACUACUGAAGACAGUGAAAGCUCACGAUGGACCUGUGUUUGCUAUGUACGCGUUGGAUAAGGGCUUUGUAACGGGUGGAAAAGAUGGAAUCGUGGAGCUCUGGGAUGAUAUGUUUGAGAGAUGCUUGAAGACUUAUGCCAUUAAAAGAGCAGCGUUGUCAACUAGCUCAAAAGGCCUGCUUUUGGAAGAUAACCCUUCAAUUCGUGCCAUCACUCUGGGACAUGGUCAUAUCCUGGUGGGAACGAAAAAUGGAGAGAUUCUGGAAAUCGAUAAGAGUGGCCCAAUGACUCUGCUGGUUCAGGGGCACAUGGAGGGAGAAGUGUGGGGAUUGGCAGCUCACCCUCUCCUGCCCAUCUGUGCAACAGUGAGUGAUGACAAAACCCUUCGGAUCUGGGAAUUAUCCUCGCAGCACCGUAUGUUGGCAGUACGGAAACUCAAAAAAGGUGGAAGAUGCUGUGCCUUCUCCCCUGAUGGGAAAGCCUUAGCCGUGGGCCUGAAUGACGGGAGUUUCCUGGUGGUGAAUGCUGACACCGUUGAAGACAUGGUGUCCUUCCAUCACAGAAAAGAAAUGAUCUCUGAUAUUAAAUUCUCAAAAGAUACAGGAAAAUACUUAGCUGUGGCAUCCCAUGAUAACUUUGUGGAUAUUUACAAUGUACUGACAAGCAAGAGGGUUGGCAUCUGUAAAGGAGCUUCUAGUUACAUUACACACAUUGACUGGGACUCUAGAGGAAAAUUAUUGCAAGUUAAUUCGGGUGCCAAAGAACAACUUUUUUUUGAAGCUCCAAGAGGCAAAAGGCAUAUUAUAAGACCCUCAGAGAUUGAGAAGAUAGAAUGGGACUCAUGGACCUGCGUUCUGGGGCCCACCUGUGAGGGAAUCUGGCCAGUACACAGCGACGUGACGGACGUCAAUGCUGCCAGUCUCACCAAAGACUGUUCCCUCUUGGCCACGGGAGAUGAUUUUGGUUUUGUUAAGCUUUUUUCAUAUCCUGUCAAGGGGCAGCAUGCAAGGUUCAAGAAGUACGUGGGGCACAGUGCCCACGUCACCAACGUGAGAUGGCUGCACAAUGACUCCGUGCUGCUCACGGUGGGCGGCGCCGACACAGCCUUGAUGAUCUGGACCAGGGAGUUCGUGGGGACCCAGGAGAGCAAGCUGGUGGACAGCGAGGAGUCUGACACAGAUGCGGAGGAGGAUGGAGGCUAUGACAGUGAUGUUGCUAGAGAGAAGGCCAUUGACUACACCACCAAGAUCUAUGCUGUGAGCAUCAGAGAAAUGGAGGGCACCAAACCACACCAGCAGAUGAAAGAAGUGUCCAUGGAAGAAAGGCAGGGAAUUGUCAAGGGAUCAAGACCACCUGUUAGCCGAGCAGCUCCCCAGCCUGAAAAACUCCAGAAGAACAAUAUCACCAAAAAAAAGAAACUGGUUGAGGAGCUGGCUCUGGACCAUGUGUUUGGCUACAGAGGAUUUGACUGCCGCAACAACCUGCAUUAUCUUAACGAUGGGGCCGACAUCAUCUUCCACACGGCAGCGGCCGGCAUCGUCCAGAACCUCUCCACAGGCAGCCAGAGCUUCUACCUGGAGCACACGGACGACAUCCUCUGCCUCACAGUGAACCAGCACCCCAAGUACAGAAACGUGGUGGCCACAAGCCAGAUAGGGACAACACCUUCCAUCCACAUAUGGGACGCUAUGACCAAACACACUCUCUCUAUGCUGCGGUGCUUCCACUCCAAGGGGGUGAAUUACGUCAACUUCAGCGCCACUGGAAAGCUGCUGGUGUCUGUGGGAGUGGACCCUGAGCACACCAUCACUGUCUGGCGAUGGCAGGAAGGUGCCAAAGUUGCCAGCCGAGGGGGUCACCUGGAGCGCAUAUUUGUGGUGGAAUUUCGCCCUGACUCUGACACACAGUUUGUGUCUGUUGGGGUCAAACACAUGAAGUUCUGGACCCUGGCAGGCAGCGCCCUCCUUUACAAGAAAGGGGUCAUUGGGUCCAUGGAGGCUGCCAAGAUGCAGACGAUGCUGUCAGUGGCCUUCGGUGCUAACAACCUCACAUUCACGGGUGCCAUCAAUGGAGAUGUCUAUGUCUGGAAGGACCACUUUCUCAUCCGGCUGGUGGCCAAGGCACACACAGGCCCCGUGUUCACAAUGUACACCACUCUCCGGGACGGGCUCAUCGUGACUGGUGGGAAAGAACGGCCGACCAAAGAAGGAGGUGCCGUAAAAUUGUGGGACCAGGAGAUGAAACGCUGUCGGGCCUUCCAACUGGAGACGGGCCAGUUGGUGGAGUGUGUGCGCUCUGUGUGCCGUGGCAAGGGAAAAAUUUUAGUAGGAACCAAAGAUGGAGAAAUAAUUGAAGUUGGUGAAAAAAAUGCUGCUUCUAAUAUCCUUAUUGAUGGACACAUGGAGGGGGAGAUCUGGGGCCUGGCCACACAUCCUUCCAAGGACAUCUUCAUCUCUGCCAGCAACGAUGGUACAGCCCGGAUCUGGGACCUGGCUGACAAGAAGCUGCUCAACAAGGUGAACCUGGGCCAUGCAGCCAGGUGUGCAGCCUACAGCCCUGACGGGGACAUGGUGGCUAUUGGCAUGAAGAAUGGAGAGUUUGUCAUCUUGUUGGUGAACAGCCUGAAAGUUUGGGGGAAAAAACGAGACCGGAAAUCUGCCAUCCAAGAUAUCAGAAUCAGCCCAGACAACCGAUUCUUAGCUGUUGGUUCUUCUGAGCACACAGUUGACUUCUAUGACCUCACUCAGGGCACAAGUCUGAACCGCACUGGCUACUGCAGAGAUAUCCCAAGCUUUGUCCUUCAGAUGGACUUUUCUGCGGAUAGCAAAUACAUUCAGGUGUCAACAGGAGCCUAUAAGCGCCAGGUGCAUGAGGUCCCCUUGGGGAAGCAGGUAACUGAAGCCAUGGUCAUUGAGAAGAUCACCUGGGCUUCCUGGACAAGCAUUCUAGGGGACGAAGUCAUUGGUAUUUGGCCAAGAAAUGCUGACAAGGCUGAUGUCAACUGUGCGUGUGUGACUCAUGCUGGCCUGAACAUUGUCACAGGAGAUGAUUUUGGGCUGGUGAAGCUGUUUGAUUUUCCUUGCACAGAAAAAUUUGCCAAACAUAAACGUUACUUUGGUCACUCAGCUCAUGUGACAAAUAUCCGUUUCUCUUACGAUGACAAGUAUGUGGUCAGCACUGGAGGAGACGACUGCAGUGUAUUUGUGUGGCGAUGUCUGUAAAUGCAGAAAUUUCUUAUAAUAGUUAUUAUUGCUGCCACUGCUACAACCCAGCAAAUGCAGAGGCAGUGCCGAGGCGGCACCUUGACACUAAACUGCUGGGAAAUGCCUACGAUGCUGCGGGCACGCACAAGCUCCAAAUGCUAGUGAAAUUCUAUGACUGCUCCCAUAAUCUGGACUCUCCAAAACUGUGAUGCCAAGAGGGAAGGUAAAGUUCUAAAAUGUAAAGUCUGCUGGUCUCUCUCCAGAAGAUUAAAAACUAAAUGUACUAACUACAUUGACAAAUCCUGAUGAUGUAGCCCAAUAACAAAAUUUAAAGCCUCAGUUAACCCUAACCAAUAUGUAGCUUUUAAUUUGCAUCAAAACUUUUACAAAAGAUGUUUUGCUAUUCUGUUUCUAUAAUACUUCAAGAAUGUUCAUUUUUACAAAUAAGUUGAACACAGCUUAAGUUAGAUGCACUGAAGUACUAGAAAUAGCCUGUUCUCCACAUCUAGCUUUCAAAACCAAAUGAGCCAUGUUAUAAACAAGUUGAGAAACUUAAUUUUUUAAUGUUUCCUUUGCAGUUUUAUAUCCAUUAAGUGCCUUUGAAAGUUUCCAGUGUGUGGGCUGCUGUCUCACCUCCCACAAAGUUUAUCUCCUUUCUACAUAUGGUGCUAAAACUUCAAAACUGAGGAGGGCUGCAGGACCCUUAGCAGAUUCACUCUGUCAUCCAUGUCCUGUGUUUGUCAAGGCUUUGUAAAUGACAGACAUCAGUUAAUUGCUUUAGAAAUGGUGGUUAUAAGGAAGGUGAGCAGCAAAGGAACUUAAGUUCAGUAGGAAGUAGAAUGAAUUUUCAUUAGAUUAGUGCCAAACCUACAAAAUUCAAACUAGAAAUCAAGUAAAACAAACCUCUAUUACAAAACAGAAAAGGAAAACAAAUAAAACUCAAGUGUGACCAAAUGGAAUUGAACUGAUUUGUCUUGUUAAAUCUUUAAAUGGUAAUGCAUGAGGUGACCUGAAGCUACACCUUGGUUUUUACCACUGUUGGAGUGGGGUCGAGGCAACUCCACUGAUUUGGUUUGGGUGAACUAUGUCAAGUCCAGAUUUUCAAAUUCUACAGAACAGAGUCCCAAGUCUGAAGAAUAUUUGCUGAAUCAAAAUUAUGAAAAAAAAAAAUAACUCAGCUUUGAGCUCCUGAGGUAGUUGUCCAACAGAAUAUGUUUGGGCAAUAUUAAUUUGAAGCCAUCUCUGAAGCCCCUCAAGUCAACUUAUACACGGUCAACCACAAACUGUUGGAUGGGGCUGACAGCAAUCACUGAGAGGAAAGGUGGCUAAGCACAGACGCCAACUAGUCCUGUCAGUCAGUGCACUGAAAUUCUGAAACUUGAGUUCCUGGCUAUUUGCAGUUGUCAGUUUAGAGAAAAGGUGAAAUGAAGCAUUUUCAAUUAAAGAAUAGAUUAACAUCUCCCACAGAAGUGCUUCAGCAUUCUAAAAGAUUAGAUUACUCAUUAAGCUAUUUUUAUAUGCCAAUUUAUUAAUGCCUUACAUUAAUCCACUAAUAGGUUGUUGGGCCCACAGUAGAGUCCCUAUGCAGUUCUAAUUGUUUUCUGUAACCAUGUGACUGGUGAUGCUGAGUGAUAACCAUGUCUGCCUAUAUUGUACUACUGACCUUUCAUACUGAAUUUGAUCUUGUAUUCAAAUAACCAUGUGGACAAAAAAAUGAACUGGGAAAUGAUAUCUACAACUAUUUAAAGAGCAAUAGUGUCUGUGUCAAGAAAACUUCUUAAAUCUUAUUUGUAAACAUUUAUAUGGUAUAAUUUUAUGUAUGUUCAUAAAUCCUGCACUGUAUUCUACAUGUUAAAAUAUUGGUGCAUGAAUUUAUUUUCAAAGUAUAAAAUUUAAAAACAUUUUGGUGUCAAAUAAAUUUGAUUAUGUAAACAUGU